AUGGUAAACCUUGAUAGAAAUCAAUUAAUCGAAGCUGGAGUUCAGUUUGGUAACCUUGCCCGCAAGUGGAAUCCGCAAAUGCGACCCUACAUUUAUAAAAAAAAUAGUCGAACACACGUAAUCGAUUUACAAAAGAUUAUUGUUAGUUGCCAAGAGUUGGAAAAAUAUGUAGAAUCGCUAAUUGAUAAAGGAAAAGUAAUUUUAUUUUUGUCUACCAAAAAGCAAGUGGCGGGAAUUGUUAAAGAACAAGCCAUCCGGUGUGGAAUGCCAUACAUCGAAAUAAAAAAGAAAUUAAAAGAAUUGCAAGGACUAAAUGGUUUUCUUCAAAAAAGCACUUUUAAAAAUUUGAUAAAAAAAGAGCAAGUGCUUUUGGAAAAAAGAAGAAAUAAGUUACACGGCAUUUAUGAAGGAGUGAUUAAUUUACAAAGAAAACCUAACUCUCUGUUUAUUAUUGGCCUUGACAAAGAAAAAACUGCCUUUCGAGAAGCGAAAAAAACUGAUACUCCAGUUAUUGCAGUUUGUAAUACUAACUGUGAUCCUCGUUUAGUUGACUAUGUUAUCCCCGAGGAAUUGGAAAAAUUGGCUAAAAAAGUUCAAUUAGAAAUUAAAGAAGAAGAAAUAACUAAAUAUUUAAAAGAAUUUAAACAACUAGAAAAACCUUUACUCAACUUCAAAAAAACCAAAAUAAGCCCAAGAAUAAAACCGAUGGUUAGAAUUGAUGUAGGACACUUAACUCUUACAGAAUUAAAAAAAAUAAAAAAAUCUUUUUCCAGUCCUCUUAUUAGUAAAAAAAACCUUAAAGAUAAUAGUAUUAUUACCACUAAGGACAAUUUGGUACUAUUCAAGAAAAUUAGUUAG